UGUAACCACACCCACAUGCGCAUUUCUCGACACUGCGCUCCUCUACCUGUCGAAGGGAGACAAAUCUGUGCGUUAAAGGGCUAAAACGACGUGAAAGCGGCAAGAAAUCCCCCUAAAAAACAAGCCGCGUGUCUCUUUACUAUUCAUGGACUAAUGUUUCUUUCGGUUUGAAGACAAACUACUGGCUCCCACAGAAGAAGAGUUUGACUGCCGGCCAAGGCCAUGGACUGGAAGACCUUCCAAGCCCUCCUCAGCGGGGUCAACAAAUACUCCACGGCGUUCGGGCGGAUAUGGCUGUCCGUGGUGUUUGUCUUCAGGGUGAUGGUGUACGUGGUGGCGGCGGAGCGAGUGUGGGGCGACGAGCAGAAAGACUUUGACUGCAACACCAAGCAGCCCGGCUGCGCCAACGUCUGCUACGACCACUUCUUCCCCAUCUCCCACAUCCGCCUGUGGGCCCUGCAGCUCAUCUUCGUCACCUGCCCGUCCUUCAUGGUGGUCAUGCACGUGGCGUACCGUGACGACCGCGAGCGCAGGUACCGGGCGAAGCACGGAAACAGCAUCAAGCUGUACGCCAACGUGGGCAAGAAGCACGGCGGCCUGUGGUGGACCUAUCUGACCAGCCUCUUCGUGAAGACGGGCAUCGAGAUCUCCUUCCUCUACAUCCUCCACUACAUCUACGACAGCUUCUAUCUGCCGCGACUGGUCAAGUGCAACGUGGCGCCCUGCCCCAACCUGGUGGACUGCUACAUCGGCCACCCCACGGAGAAGAAGGUGUUCACCUACUUCAUGGUCGGAGCUUCAUGCCUGUGCAUCAUCCUGAACAUUUGCGAGGUCAUUUAUCUCGUCUCCAAGCGCUUUGUACGCAUCACAAAGAAGAUCAAGAGGGGCCAUCGCCACAUGAACGGGCAUCAGAACGGGCUUCCAAAGGACUACAACAAGGACCCCUUUAACAACAACAAGGACACCAUGCUGAGGCGGGAACUGAAAGAUAAGCCUCCAUCCUUUAGGAGUGCCUUCAAGUCUUCAAGGGUAUCUGGACUCAAAAUGGAUGAGAAGAUACGGGCCUCUGCUCCUGAUCUGUCCACUUCUUAGUGAAUGGACACUGAGCUGCAGCACAGUGUUUGGGCUGGAACCCAAUGACUAACCUCAGAGAACAGACUCAGAAAAUAUGAGCCAACCACUUCCAUGUGUGCCAGACCCUGGAAGUUGAGUCACCAGCACUGGAUUCAUCCCUCGUUUCCACAUCUAAGACUCUUUUUGAGCGCAUAAACUUUGGUUUCCAAGUCAACCGCCACAAUAUGUACAAGUCAGCUAAAGCCUAAAUGAUUUGUAAAUGAUACGAUGGUUUUCUUCUUCGAAUACAAUACAGAUCUGUGUGCCUUUCCGACUUCACCCCCUUCACCCGUAUGAGAACACGCCCGUGAGGUUUCCGUCUUUCUUGUGAUUCGAGUUUUGACACGAGAAGGGUAGGAACCGAUCAGCAUCACACGAGGACGACCGGGCACACCUGGCCGAGGUAUUCACCCUCCCAGCCCGUGUCUACAGUGAUGUCAGGGCGCUCUGCAGAUUUGAGUGACCUCUUUUGUUUCACUGAACUUAUAACAUAGCUUUAACUUCUCCAUUUGCCGAAGACUCGUCAACAUAAUGAGUUCAUCGACUAAUGGAUGAGUAAUACUUGAAGGUGUGCAAACUGGCCUCAUUUGUUUUUUAUACUGCAUUCAUUUUCUCAGAUUUUCAUCAAAACUCAUAUAUCAUUCGUACAUCUCUACAUCUACAGCCUCGGACAAAUGCUUUGUUAAAGCGGCUCAGUCAGGCUGUAGUUAGUCUGCCUGUGUUUGGACUUGCUUGUACACAAAGUCGCCUCAUCCCCGACCACUGUUGAUUUAAAUAAGGCAAAAGGAAUGCUUCUGUUGAAUUGUGUGUGUGGAGCAGAGGAAGUGCGAGGAAGGUUAAUAAAACAGACGGCUCAUUCAACUAGAACUCAUUUUCAGGUGGAAAUGUAUUGUGUGCGCUCAUUAAUGUCCUUUCUUACAAAACUAAAUAUAUUAAAUUUAUUGAAUGUG